AUGUCGCCAUUAGAGGAUUCAGUGAUAGAAUUAAACACGAAACAUGUCGACAAUAUAGUAAAAUUUGUCUCGGAUAUUCGAAAUGGAAAGUUGGAAGGCUCCAACAAGAUAGCAGUGGCGACAGUGGCUCUACUGGAGCUGGUCAUCUCUGACUCACAAAAUGCCAAUGCCAUGCAGCUGAGUUGCGUAGUACGCGAGGUGGGACGUCGCAUUGUCCGCGCUCUGCCCGCCGAGCUCGUCGCGGCCAACAUGGUGCGGCGCGUGCUCAGGGCCAUCCAGGACGAGUACCGCGCCAACGCAGACCAGUACGGCGGCGGCGAGAGUCUUCAGAAACUGGUGCUCGGUGCAGGCGCGAGGAGAGCCACGCUCGGGCCCAACCAGCAGGACCUCAGGGAGCCCUUGAGAGAACACAUCGCUGAGAUCCGCCUCGAGCUGGAGACGUCGGCGCAGUCCAUCUGCGGGACGGCGCGCUCGCACGUGCACGCGGACGAGCUGAUCCUGACGUACGGCGCGUCGGCGCUGGCCGAGCGCUUCCUCAAGACGUGCCUGAGCCGCAAGUUCCGGCUGAUCCUGGUCGAGGGCACGCAGCACCAGAAGAGCCACGCGAUGGCGCUGCGCCUGAGCGCGGCGGGCGCGCCCGUCACCGUGGUGAGCAACGCGGCCGUGUGCGGGCUCAUGUCGCGGGUCAACAAGGUGGUGGUGGGCGCGCGGGCGGCGCUGGCGGGCGGCGCGGCGCUGGCCGAGGCGGGGCUGCACGCCGUCACCACGGCCGCCAAGUUCUACAGCGUGCCGGUGAUCGUGCUGGCCCCCCUGUACAAGCUGUCUCCCCUGUACGCGUGCGACCAGCACCACUUCAACGCGCUGGCGCCGCCGCAUCACGCGCUGCCCUACGAGAGCGCGGAGGCGUGCUCGUCGCGCGUCGUCGCGCCGCAGUACGACUUCGUGCCGCCCGACCACAUCACGCUGUUCAUCACCAACCUGUAA